UUCCCGGAAUGUAAAAAUGCGGAUUUUGUACAGUCCGUUCGUUCCGAGCAGCAGCCCUGUUGUAUCAUGACUGACUGUAUUCGCCCCGUGCGUGCCCGUUCUUUCUCAAACGAAGGGAGUUGGCCGAGGCUAUCGGCGUUCAAGCGGCCGUACUGCAUGGUCGUGAGUGCUUUGCGCAACUCCCUGACUUUCACAGCCACAGGACGAUAUGCAGCUGCAAGUCCAGGAUACCGGCGACUACUUCACGGCAAGCACAACGGCAAUGCGGUGCACUGCUCACCAGGAACUAUUCCCAGACGAAGAUGAUGAGUUGUGCCAGUGUUUCACUGCCUCCCCGCGCAUCCUGAGCCGAAAAAUCUCGAACAGCCGUCCGGUGGUGGACUGCGAGAUACAGCCAUGGCUCGCCAUAAAAGACCAUGUCGCAGGUCAGCGCUGCCAGCAAGCCCUGCUGCAGUCGUCGUUGCAAAAGAAAACACCCCAGUGCAGCAUCCGACUUCAGAGUUUCUUGCGCUCGGAGGAAGUGGUGUGGGUUGACUUUGCUGAAAGUAGAUCGGACGAACACUGCUUGCACGGCGCGGCCAAACCAUCAAGGAAGUGCCACGCCUGAGGUUGCGUAAGAGUCACGCCUAAACCGCCUAACAGAGCUGCUCAACCAUGUCCCGUCUACUGUGCUGUGCAUCACUUGGGAUGCUUCUCAUUGCAUUCAUCGUGGUCUCCUCUGUUCCGGAGAGCACCGAAGCAACACCGAGAUUCUUCAGUUUCGGAGGAGGAAAAUGGAAUCGCGGCCGCGUUAGAAGUUAUCGGCGGCCAUGGAACUUUCGCUAUUUCUUCACUCGCCGCUUCAAUUACUACAAGGCGAAACCGCCGAAGCCCAAGCCAGUAACCAGCAUGGCCCCGGCGACUGAGCCACCGACCAUGUGCGCUCCGGUGCAGACGUGCAACGUUACCGACCAGCUGGACUCUCUGACCAGCGCCCUGUACAGCGCACUCUUUUCUCAGGCCACCGAGGUGGCGCGCGCCACCGCUCAGGAGGUGUUUGCGGAAUUUCAAAACAACCCGGCAGGUGGCGAUUGCGCAAUGACAGAGCUGGUUGGCAACAUGAUUACAGCCAAUUUGAUUCCGUCAAUCGUCGACGCUGUGGUGGACUACGACCUGCAGUUGACGUUGAACAAUGACAACACGCGUGUGCUUGUUGCCAAUUACACAACUCGUGAAUUCCCCGUCGUUGGAGCCAUUCGGAUUAUCCUGACAUUUGGUGGUGGCCCUGACCUUAUUGAUGACAGCACAAACUUGCAAGCGACUAUGUUUGAGUUCCGGCCACCUACGGAGAACGUCUUCUUCCCUUUCCCACUCUUGCUACAGGAGUGCGUGACUACAACAGUAUGCGGUGUCAACGUGACACAGCCAUCUGUAUCUCCAACACCGCCAAUGAUUGUUGACGGCCCGGACAAAGUGCCCAUUCUGAUGAUCACCGACGUCCAGACGCCCAUCCUGGAAUUGUCCAAUGUCAGAUGUACACGCAACCAGUCCUAGAUACUCACCCCCUCUUUUCCCCACCCUCUUAAACACCCCCCCCCCCACACACACACACACACGCGCGCACACUUACACCCAAACUCACACACACACACACACACACCUGACUCCAAGAAUACUUCGUGGGUGGUAAGAACAAGUUAUGCACGUUAAUUUUUGCACACACAAGAAUACGAAGCCAAUCCAGUUCUAUACACAGCUGUUCACAAUGCUACCUCCACCUAGGAUGUAUGCACGUGCAGCUGUUAACCCUGUCUAUAGCGGCAUGCUCUGUACGAUCUGCACUACCUCGAGCUACAGAGCUGGCCUGUGACAAUCACCCCAUGAAAAUAACGUAGCGCUGUGUUCGAGAGUACAAGAAGUUCACUCCAGGCAGCACCCGUAGUACUGAGGAUGUGCAGUGUGCGGUGCUGUUUUGUUCAUGACGGAAACUUUAAUGACCACCACUAUAUCAGUUACCACUAGACUGAACACCCAUCUCUGCCCUAACUCCACUACUUAGGAUUAGAGUCAACCCAGGAUUUGUGGUUCGCAUGUGCUACACCAAUGCCAACUAAUCAUCAUUGUUAUGAAAUACAGCAGCACGCUAUCAGAAAACAUCCACUACUUGUAUCAUUUUUUAUUCUAUUGAAGUGGAUGUUAGCGAGGAAUAUUAUCACCUCUCGUGGCUGUUCCUUCUUAGAAAAGCUGUCUGUGUGCUCAGCUAAAUCAGUUUAAACUACUGUAGAAGUAUCCACUGUAAAAAUGAUCUCCGUCCGUAAUGUCUCUAUGAUUGUGGUCUGAAUAACGUUUGUACAUGGCAACAUUG